AUGGGCCACCUUCUCUUCGUCUUUUUUACUCUUCUCUUGCUGGCGUCGCUGUGCUCGCUAGCUCUAUUCGUCAUACGCCGUAAACGACUCGCAAAAAACCAAAGCAUGCUGCCGACCUACCACCAGCCCGCCUCGCACCAUCGCUCUCCAUCGGUCAGCAACUUCAACACGGGCAAGAACGAAUCGAUCUUUGUCUACGAUGAAAAGAUGAACCUCAUCCACAACUCAUCUCCAAGUUCCGCCUCCGCUGUGCCAGAGAUCCACAUCACAUUCCCAGACGAAGAGGGCAAUGCCGGAGCCGUGCAGAAAGGCCGUGUCGUUGUUGUUCACAUUACAGACUCUGGCAGUGUGGGCAUGGAACCUGUAACCCAAGAAAGACUUCCACCUUACCAGCAGGAAGAUCCAACCCGCUUUCAGUCGCUCGACCUCGAGAGGAUAGGCGGACUAAAAGAAAAGGAGUCGUCAGAUACACGAUGGUCAUGA